GGUUCCCUUCCUCAAUAUGCCAAGGAUUUUCUUAACCUUUCUUUGUGUAUAGUUGCAUACUAGGUUAAUACCUUCAGUGAAAGUAAAAACUUGUGAAUCGUUUCUGGGUAAUAAAUGAUAAUGCACACUACCUGCAUUAUCCUAUUUGUAUUUUCUUCUACCUAAUAGUGCUUCACCCUUUAAUUCAUUGGGAACUUUAUAUUCAUUAAUGAAACCAUAGAUUUGGGGAAUCAUAUAAUGAAAUAAUUAUAUCUAGAGACAUUUUUGAAUCAUGUAAUUCAAACUAUCAUAGUCUAAACUACGGAUGAAAUUGACUCUUAAAAAAGAUAAAUGAGUCUUGCACAAUCACAAAGAUAGUUCAUUUUUUUUGCUAAUAUAGUGAAUUACUUCCCUUUUCUGCAUUUCAUUGUCAUUUAAUAAAGCAAUUUAUCUUGUAAUUAUAAAUGCAGCUUUCCAGUCAAUCUCUUGAGUUCUCUUGACCACCAGUCAGGAACCUGGCCUGAAAGCUCGUUCUUGAUUGGUUCAAGUGAGCUAUACCAGUAGAAUGCCAAGGAAUAAUCAAAGGAGCAUAGCAACAACUGAGUUUGCUGUCUCACACUCCCCCACCUGAGCCAAUCUGGACUCCUUCAUCCUAAAUGAGGUGGCCUCUACAUUUUAUAUGAAGGCUGUGCUUCGCCAUUCAACUGUAAUCCAUCUAAUGACAUGGCAGACCAAAACAGACAGGAAGACAAAACUGAACAACACAAUUAAAAUAAAGUAUAUUCCCAGAAUACACAUUGUGGAAACAGGAUGAAUUUGACCAGUGAAAAGUUGCCCAAGAAUCCCUUUUACACCUCUAUAUCUCAAUAUGCUGCUAAGCACCAAAAAGUCUUCCAAUGGAGAAAGGAAAACACUGAUCAUUACAGCCAUGCUGCUUUGGUGGAUAAGGCACUGCAGCUCUUGAAGGAAAGAAUAAGAAGAGGGGAUGCUCUGGCUUAUUUCCUACGAGGUCAGCUGUAUUUUGAAGAGGGAUGGUAUGAAGAAGCAUUAGAACAGUUUGAAGAUAUCAAGGAGAAAGAUCAUCAAGCAACUUACCAGCUAGGAGUCAUGUAUUACGAUGGGCUGGGGACGACUGCAGAUGCUGAAAAAGGAGUGGACUAUAUGAAGAGAAUUCUUGAUUCUCCCUGCCCCAAAGCAAGACAUUUAAAAUUUGCUGCUGCCUUUAACCUUGGAAGAGCUUAUUACGAAGGAAAAGGUGUUAAACGGUCAGAAGAGGAAGCUGAAAGAUUGUGGCUUUUUGCUGCAGACAAUGGCAACCCCAAAGCUAGUGUGAAGGCUCAGAGUAUCUUAGGACUGUAUUAUUCAACAAAAGAACCCAAAGAGUUAGAAAAGGCAUUUUAUUGGCAUUCAGAAGCAUGUGGCAAUGGGAAUCUGGAGUCCCAGGGUGCGCUUGGCCUCAUGUACUUUUAUGGACAAGGCAUCCGCCAGGAUACUGAAGCUGCCCUGCAGUGCCUAAGGGAAGCUGCAGAGCGCGGGAACAUCUACGCACAAGGGAAUCUCGUGGAGUAUUACUACAAGAUGAAGUUCUUUACAAAGUGUGUUACGUUUUCCAAAAGGAUGGCUGACUAUGAUGAGGUUCAUGAUAUCCCCAUGAUAGCCCAGGUCACGGACUGUCUUCCAGAGUUCGUCAACAGAGGCAUAGCCAUGGCGUCCUUCUACUAUGCACGGUGUCUUCAGCUUGGCCUGGGCAUCACAAAAGACGAAGCAACAGCUAAACACUAUUAUUCUAAAGCUUGCAAAUUGAAUCCUGCACUGGCAAAUGAACUUCACUCUUUGGUUAUUCAUCAGAAAAUUUAGAUCACAUUGCAUUUCAACAAAGAUCAUGAAUCCUAACACUAUAUAAUGGACCAGAAUGGGGAAGGUAUUUUAUCACUGCAUUAACAGAUGAGAAAGCCCAGAAAACUGACUGAAUGCCUUGUUCAUAGCCCCACUAUCAAUAACAACAACAAGAAUUCUGUACACUGGACCUCUCCUAAUGCCCCUUGUACGCUAUAUGACUUGAUGCUCCCUGAAGUCUUUAAGCUCCCUGAAAUAAUUUUCCUCUUCUUUCUG